AUGAGCGCCUCGCGCGCCGGCUUCCUGCUGUCCCUGGUGGUCCGCGGCGCGCGCGCCCUCUCCCUCGACACCGCUCCACGAUCGCUGUCGACCGCGACGCGAACGACGCGAAAAUCCGUGCCGGCGCAGGCCCAGGGCCUCUACGAGCCCCUCGACCGGGACCCGGCGGCGGCGCGGCCGAGCGUGCGCGUGCUGGACCUCACGGCGUCGCCCGUGUCCUACGCGGACGGCGCGGCGCUCCAGCACGAGCUGCUGGCCGCCAACAUCGCCGGCGGCGGCGACGCGGUCGUGCUCGUCGAGCACGAGGCGGUCUACACGCUCGGCCGCGGCGCGACGCUGGAGCACGUGCUCUUCGACGCCGACGCGCCGGGCGCGCCCGAGCUCGUGCGCGCGGAGCGCGGCGGCGACGUCACGUACCACGGGCCGGGCCAGCUCGUCGCGUACCCGAUCCUCGACCUGAAGCGGCAUCGGAAGGACUCGCACUGGUACCUCCGCGCGCUCGAGGAGACGGUCGUCCGCACCUGCGCGGCGCUCGGGGCGACCGAGGCCGCGCGCUCCGCGGAGCACACGGGCGUCUGGCUCGCGGGCGCCAAGAUCUCCGCCGUGGGCGUCGCGAUGCGGAAGUGGGUCACGUACCACGGCAUUUCGCUCAACCUCGCGCCGGACCUGUCGCACUACGACGCCAUCGUCCCCUGCGGCCUCGACCCGCGGGUCGAGCCCGUCGGCGCCCUCAACGCCCACCUCGGCCGGGACCUGACGCCCGCGGACGUCGCGCCCGUCUUCCUCGACGCGUUCAUGGACGUCUUCGACGUCCAGCUCCAGGUCGACGCGGACACGCUCGCGAGCCUCUCGGCGCGGCGGCGGGGGGUGUUGGGGUAA